UCCAUGUCACCAGGGCUCAGAGUGACGUCAUGCUCUGCUUUAUAGUGCCUGGACAUAACUUGGCUGAGAUGGUCUCUGUCCAGGCCUACCUGUGCUCUGAAACCACACCCCUCACCUGGGUGGGUGGGGCUUCACUCGAGUAUGUCCAAGAUGAUGCUCAGGACCUUGCAGAGCACCUGGUGAUCCAUGGACAUUGUCUGAGCUCCACGGAUCACAAGGAGCUGAGAAGCCUCUUCAGCCUGGGCCAGGAGAGUUCUCGCUGGGCUAUGGAUCGUCGCGUGGCCCUGGCCAUGGCGAACCUGGAUAUCCCGCGAAGCUGGAAUGUCCUGGGGAGCCACAGUGGAGACGAGCACAGUCCCAGGGAGUCCCCCCUCCACCUGGCCGUGCGUUGGGGUCUGUGUCGGCUCGCGGAGCUGUUGCUGUGCCAGCCGGGGGGUCUGAUGGCUGUCAGUCUGCCAAACGAAGAGGGAGUCACGCCGAUGCAGCUGGCACAGGCAGCGGGCAACACCGAACUCCUGGAGCUGCUCACACAUCCACCCAACCCUCUAGCUACACCUCCAGCAGGUCUGUCCCAGGUGUGGGCAGACCGGUCCAGAUUGCUGAGGUUCUGUCAUGACACGGGGAACCUGACUCUGACCAUCCGGCAAAACCUGAGGUGGAGCUCGGAGGAAAGCCGGCAUGCAGACAUCCUGCUUCUCAGAGACCGGCUCAGAGAUGAGGACUUCCUCAGAGAGGUGAAAGCACUAAGGAGGGAACGGGUGGAGACCCUCUUAGGGAAGGAAGAACUAGUGGAUGAUCCUGCAGAGAACGUUCUCUCCCCCUAUCUAUAG